CGCACAAGCGCUCUCCCUCCCUCCCCCGCACCGUGGUUGGCAAGGAAGAAUCCAGUAGGGCGUGGAAGGAGAGAGCCAUGAAGAUGUCGAGCGGCAGCCACGUGAUCGGAGUGCCCGUCACCGCCAAGGCGUACGCCAUCGAGGAAGCGGCGAGGGACCGGCCGCCGGCGAAGACGAAGGACGGCGACCGCCUCGCGGUCUCGCUGACGCACCCGAGCUCGUACGCGCCGUUCGGCUACAAGCACGGCAGCAAGAGCCAGGUGAUCCACUGGGUGAACAAGCUGGGAAGACGAGCUCAGAGCUUCAGGGACCAUGUGACACUGGGGCCGAAGCUCUCGGAGACGGUGAAGGGAAAGCUGAGCCUGGGCGCGAGGAUCCUGCAGGCCGGCGGCGUGGAGCGCGCGUUCCGGCACGCCUUCCCGGCCGAGAGAGGCGAGCGGCUGGUGAAGGCCCACCAGUGCUACCUCUACACCACCGGCGGCCCCAUCGCGGGGAUGCUCUUCGUCUCCACCCGCAGGAUCGCCUUCCGCAGCGACCGCUCCCUCGCCGUCACCUCCCCGGCCGGCGACGUCGUGGCCCGGGUCCCCUACAAGGUGGUGGUACCCCUGCGGCGGAUCAAGCGGGUGAGGCCCAGCGAGAACGCCGAGAAGCCGGAGCAGAAGUACAUACAGGUGGCCACGGUGGACGGCUUCGAGUUCUGGUUCAUGGGGUUCGUCAGCUAUCAGAGAUGCUGCAAGUACAUGGUGCAGCUGAUGGAGAUCUCCGGCGACCUGUGACGUGGUCGGCGCGGCGCGGGAGGGGGUCGAGGCGUGUCCGGCCGCGGCCGGUCGCCGUGGAUCGGAGGUCCGUGCGCCCUGUCAGUAAGGCAGUCGAAGUGAUGAAGUUUGUGGGCUGCUGUGCACGCGCAACAACGUCUUGUUGGAACGUUGGUAGCCUCGAACUGCUCCACCACUUUUUUGAUGGGGGCACGUUCCUUCCGCUUGCGAUUCGGAUUGGAUGGCAAUUGUGUGGUCGCCCAAGUUCUGUUAAUUAGUGCUGUAGGAUUGAUGAUGGACCAAGGAACUUGGUUUCGCCAAAUGAAAAUAUUUGAAUUAUUCUCAGGAUGACAAGGAUUAAGUUUUUGUUUUUCUU